AUGGCUGCCCUGCAGAAACCUGGGAGCUCUUCCCUUAUGGGAACUCUGGCCGCUAGCUGCCUCCUUCUCGUUGCCCUGUGGACGCAGGGAGGAUUGGCUGUGCCCAUCAGUUCACACUGCAGGCUUGACGGGUCCAACUUCCAGCAGCCCUAUAUCACCAACCGCACCUUCAUGUUGGCUAAGGAGGCUAGUUUGGCAGAUAACAACACAGAUGUUCGUCUCAUUGGGGAGAAACUGUUCUACGAAGUCAAUAUGGGAGAGCGCUGCUAUCUGAUGAAGCAGGUGCUGAACUUUACCCUUGAAGAAGUGCUGCUCCCCCAAUCUGAUAGGUUCCAGCCCUAUAUGCAGGAGGUGGUGCCCUUCCUGGCCAGGCUCAGCAACAAACUAAGCCAAUGUCAUAUUGACAGUGAUGACCAGCAUAUCCAGAGAAAUGUGCAAAACCUGAAGGACACAGUGAAAAAGCUUGGAGAGAAUGGAGAGAUCAAAGUAAUUGGAGAACUGGAUUUGCUGUUUAUGGCCCUGAGAAACGCCUGUAAUUGAACAGAGCAAAGCUGGAAAAUGGAUGACUAACCCUUCUUGCCCCUUAGAAAUAACAAGAUCCCUUAAAGCUUUCUUUUACCAAAAGGGAAAUGGGAAGCCAAACUUUUUAAUCAUGGGUGGAUUUUAAGUAAACCGCUGCUUAGCUUAAAAUAGAGAACAAUGUCACCUGUGUCCACAGGAUCAGAAGGUAGACCUUCCAUGCUUAAUGAGAAUUAUUGAUAAAAUUUUAUUG